GUGUGGAGCUGUUUUCCACUAAAGUCUGACGUUUAUCGCUCAUGGCAACAGAGGGUUUGGAAAAGACGAGUGAAGAUGCUGAAGCAUCGGGGAAGGUGUAUACCAGGUUCGACCUGGAGAAGGAGACUGAGCUUCGGUUCGAGGUGGAGGCAGGAGAUGGAUCAGAUCAAGUCGAGCUGGAACUCAUCACAGGACUGGCUGAAGUGUUUGGAUCCGAGCUGAACCGCAACAAGAAGUACACAUUCGGACCAGGAUCCAAGAUCGCAGUUUUCACCUGGCAAGGUUGCACUGUGAAUCUUUAUGGAAAACCUGAAGUGGCAUACGUGUCCAAGGAUACUCCUAUGCUGCUCUACCUAAACACUCACGCUGCCCUGGAACAGAUGAGGAAACAAGCAGAGCGAGACAACGAGAGGGGACCGAGGGUAAUGGUGGUGGGACCUAUGGAUGUUGGGAAGUCCACUGUGUGUCGACUGCUUCUCAGCUAUGCUGUGAGGGUUGGAAGGAGGCCAACACUUGUGGAACUAGAUGUUGGACAGAGUGGGGUGUCUGUCCCUGGAACGGUGUCGGCACUGUGCAUUGAGCGCCCGGCAGACGUGGAGGAGGGUUUCUCCAUUCAGGCUCCUCUGGUGUACCACUUUGGCUCUACUACUCCAGGGACCAAUAUCAAACUUUACAACAAGCUGACGUCGUGUUUGGCUGAGGUGUUUUCUCAGCGCUGCGAGGUGAACCGUAAGGCCAGCGUGGGAGGUUGUAUCAUCAACACUUGUGGCUGGGUGAAGGGUUCUGGAUAUCAGGCUCUGGUCCACUGUGCCUCUACCUUUCAGGUGGACGUGGUGUUAGUGUUGGACCACGAGAGGCUGUACAAUGAGCUCAAACGAGACCUGCCUCACUUUGUGCGUGUUGUUCUCCUGCCCAAAUCCGGCGGAGUGGUGGAGCGCACAAAGGAGUGCCGGCGGGAAACCCGUGAUGAAAAGAUCCGAGAGUAUUUUUACGGCUUCCGUGGACUGUCCUUCUUCCCUUUCUCUUUUGAAGUCCGCUUCUCAGAUGUCCGCAUCUACAAGAUCGGUGCUCCGUCCAUCCCAGACUCGUGCUUGCCUCUGGGAAUGUCUCAAGACGAUACGCAGCUGAAGCUCGUGCCUGUGACGCCGGGGAGAGAUCUGACGUAUCACGUCCUGAGUGUGAGCAGCGUGGAUGAUAGGGACGAAGACGCUAGAAAGAGUAUCGUGGAGAGUCCUGUGUGUGGUUUUAUCGUAGUGACUCAUGUAGACGUUCAGACACAAGUGAUGAAGGUGUUGUCCCCUUCACCCAGACCCCUGCCCAGACACACACUGCUCAUCAUGGACAUCCGCUUUAUGGACAUGAAAUAAUGCAACAUCCUGGGGAAGAAGAAUUGGGACGAGGUGGUGUUCGUGUUUGGGGCGAGUCUGUUUCUUCUUGAGUAAAAAAAAAAAAGGUGUUUAACUGGUGUUUGCUACACAUGUUACUGUUUUGUAGAGCUCCAUGUACAGGUGUUUUUAACCCUUUUUUAUUUUUACAAAU